AUGUUUUUUCUUGUUUCUUCUUCUGUUUUUCUUGUUUCAUAUUCUACUGUUUCUUCUUGUUUCAUAUUCUACUGUUUCUUCUUGUUUCAUCUUCUACUGUUUCUUCUUGUUUCAUCUUCUACUAGCAAAUCUAUCUAUCUAUCUAUCUAUCUAUCUAUCUAUCUAUCUAUCUAUCUAUCUAUCUAUCUAUCUAUCUAUCUAUCUAUAUAUAUAUAUAUAUAUAUAUAUAUAUAUAAUUUCACUUAUUCCAGGUUACAUACAUUUACACAUAUACCAUUGGUGACGUUCAUCGGUCUUUUUUCAUUUGUUCUAACACUUCCUUUUCCUGUUCGUCUUUCAUUCCGUUUGUCUACGUGUUUCCCUUAUUACCGCAACCCACGCCCACCUUUAACUUUCUUUUCCUUCAUCUUAGUUUUCGUCUUUCUAUUUUUCCACUUCGUCUUUUCUUUCACUUCUUCCCCUUCGACUUUCUCCUCUUUUUUCUUCGUCUUUCUCCUCUUUUUCUCCUUCGUCUUCUUCUCUUCUCCGUUUUUCUUCCUUUUUGUCUUUCGUCUUUUUUCGGCUUCUUCCUCUCUCUUUCUCUUCGCCUUUCUUCCUAUUUUUUCCUUUCGCCUUUCUUCUCUUCGUCCUUCUUGUUUUUCACCUGUCUUCUUCUCUUGCUUCCUUUUCCUUUAUCUUCACUUCUUCACCUCCGUCAUUUUUCUCUUCUUUCCUGUCGUCUUUUUUCUCUUUUUCUUCGUCUCUCUUACCAUUCCUCAUUCUUCCUCUUCAUCUUCUUUUUUUCUUUAUCUUUCUUCACUACUUCCUCUUCGUUUUUCUUCUUUUGUUUCUCUUUGUGUUUCUUCCUCUCUCUUCCUCUUCGCAUCUUUUUCUUCCUCUUCGUAUCUCUUUCUUCCUCUUCGUGUUGCUUUCUCUCUCUUCCUCUUUGUCUUUCUUCCUCUUCGUGUUUCUUUCUGUCUCUUCCUUUUCGUCUUUCGUCCUCUCCGUCUCUUCUACACUCUCUCCUCCUCUCCGUCUUUCUUCCCCUCUCUCUCCCCCUCUCCGUCUUUUUUCCUCUCUCUCUCUUUAUAUCCGUCUUUCUUCCCCUCUCUCUCUUUAUAUCCGUCUUUCUUCCCUCUCUCUCCAUCCUCUCUCUAUCUUUUUUCUUUUUCCUCUCUCUCUUCCAUCUCCGUCUUUUUUCCUCUCUCUCCUCUUUUUUCCUCUCUCUCUCUUCCUCUCCGUCUUUUUUCCUCUCUCUCUCUUCAUCUCCGUCUUUUUUCCUCUCUCUCUCUUCCUCUCCGUCUUUUUUCCUCUCUCUCUCUUCAUCUCCGUCUUUUUUCUCUAUUUUCAAUCUCUUUUUCCUCUCUCCAUCUGUCUUUUUCCUCUCUCUCUCUCCAUCUGUCUUUUUCCUCUCUUUCUCUCUUCAUCUCUGUCUUUUUUUUUUCUCUCUCUCUCCUCUCCUUUUUUUUUUCUCUUUUCCUUCAUCUGUCUCUCUAUCAUCUUUUUUUUUCUCUCUCUCUUCCUCUCCGUCUUUUUUCCUCUCUCUCUCUCUUCCUCUCCGUCUUUUUUCCUUUGUUCCUCUUCGUCAUCCUUUUCUUCUUCCUCCUAAUCCUCUUUAUCUAUAUUCUUACUCCUGGUCUUCAUUUUUUUAUUUCCCAUUUUACUUCUUUUUGUUUCCACUCUUUCAAUUCCUUUUCUUCUUCUUCUCUCUUCCUUUUCCUAUUUUCUUCUAUCCAUCCGAUUUUCUCUUUUCUUCUUCAUUUCAACAUUUUCUUUUCUCUUUUCUUCUUCAUUUCAACAUUUUCUUUUCUCUUUUCUUCUUCUGUGUCUCAUAUUUUUUUGUCACACUUAUCUUCUUUUUUCAUUUUUCUUCUUUUUUCCCUUCUCGUCUUCCUACAUUUGGACAUCCAUGUCCCCUCCUUUACGAGUUUUUUUCUUAUUCUUUUUCUUGAUCUUCGACUUCCUUUUCCUCUUGUUUCUCUUUCUUUGUUUAGACCCCCAAUUAAAUUAACCUUCCCAUUGAAAUCUCUUUAUCUUUUCCCAUAUUUCCUAAUCCCUAACACUAUUAUUAUUAGUAAUAGUAGUAGAAGUUCUUCCCCGUGGUUGCUUACCAAUAUUCUCAAAUGCUACUUGACUCCAAUGUAUUAUUCGCUAGACAAUUCCUGCCGUCUCUCCGCUACAUUUCAAGUGAAUUCUUCCUUAUCAUCCAUACAUUUUCCAUUUCCCCCCACCCCUCAUUCUCCUUUUUCCUCCUUUAUUCUGUCUCUCUAUCGCUUUAUUCACUUUGUCUUCUUUCUUUUCCUUGCUAUCUCUGGAAACCAUGAAACAUUCAUGACAAAUUUUCGUGCAGCUAACUCUCUCUUCGUUUAA